AUGCCGUCCUUCAUCAUGUCGCUAUAUCGCCUGCCCAUCGAGAUAUUCGAGCCGGUAAUAGCUCAUCUCAAAGAAGAACAUCCGCCAAGUCUCCUGAGCUUGGCUCUCGCGAAUAAAUCAUGUUUCACCAGAUGCGCACCAGCCAUCAAAUCAUUGAUGUUCCAUGAUGUUCGCAUGAAUAUGAGAAGGCAUGGUCGAAAGAAACCAGACUUGGCUACGGAUGUGGAGAAGCUUGUUCAGAAGAUAGAAAAAGCCGGCAGCUCCGAAUAUGUUCGGCGACUGGUGAUCGAUGAACAUUCUUGUCCUUCGUGCGCAGAGAACGAUGAAUGGCAACCGCCCCGACUGGAAGAUCUGAAGUCGAAACCUGGUCGACCAUACGGACCAUUGUAUGGCAAUUUGAAUCAUCCUCACGGAUACAGUGAUCUACCAGCUUGGAGUAAUAGUGAGGUCCGAGGGCGCGAGCAGGACUGGCUGGGCGUUCACUACGACAACGACACUUGGCUUCCGUUGGUCUCUUUGAUCGAAAAGUUACCCAAGUUGGAAGAUCUGGUCUAUCUAUGCAAAGAACAGUUUCCUCCUUGUUUACUUGACGCAUUGCAUGAGAAAAAUCCCCAAUGCAGGCUUCGACUCCACUCGCUUCUUCUGCGCAGCCUCAAUGCGAUCCAGACAGACCCGUACGAGUUCAAGCUGGUCACAUCGCCUUCGCUUUAUAGCGUCGUUCUCAAGACCGAGGAAUUAGGGGGUAUCAGCUAUCGAGGUGACCCUUGCUAUCAACGAACCGCAUUACUACGUUCAUUACGGCUGGCUCCAAACCUGAAAGAGGUCUUUGUCGGCCGCGAUACACCUACUGCUCGAUCAAACUCCAACUUGCCAUCUCCUAUAUUCACCAAAUUCACUCAAGAAGAAGAAGGUGCAGGCCAAUCUCUAGGGUCACUCGAGCACCUUAAAAUCUACGACUGCGCGCUUAUCCCAAAAUCGACACUGAACGAAUGGGGCGAGUUCACGAAUUUCUCAGCGUUGCGCAGUCUGGAGCUAACAGGACCGGUAACUUGCGAAGCUCUCGCAUGCUGGACAUCCGCCUGCACCUUUCCAAAUCUUCAGAAGCUGUCGAUGUGGCUCAAAGCUCCGCUCUACUCUAUAGAGUUAUAUGAACAUGCGCGGUCUUUUCUUCGGUCACUCCCGCCUUUGACCGAGCUUUGUCUGGAAGGCUGGCACUCAUUUCUUCCAAUAGAGUCCAUCGUGUCGCAUCAUGGUCCUUCCCUGCGCAAGCUAGCACUCUUAUACAAUAAGCGUCACGAGAAACGCUGUCUCACCGAAUCCGAUAUCAAAGAAAUCGCGACCUACUGCCCUAUCCUAGAAGACCUUUCCUGCAAGAUCCAACGCACUCAGGGCGACCCUACGGAAGUCAGACUAUACAGAGCCCUAGGUACAAUCCGGGCCCUCCGUAAUCUCUCGUUAGAUCUCAGCGUCGCCGACCCAGCUCUCUACGGCGGCGAAACUGCCGAUCAGCUCACAAUGUGCCCACCAGAACGCAACAGCAUGCUGCUCCACGAACUAUUCAACAACUGGGAAAUGCAGCUUCCAACUCUACCACGCCCACAACCCGUCUCCUCACGACAUCCCUGCUUUGACAAAUUCGGGAACGAGCUCGCCGAGCCCGACCUGCGGCACUUCUUUCGCAGCCGCAACGGCCAUGUCCGCCGCUUCAUGAUCAAUAGCGCCGUCGAUAAAGAUCUCGCUUGCUCGAUCUUUCGCACCGUCGCCGCUGCCAAGCCUCCCGAUACCCUGCCUCUAGAAGGCAUGAACCUCCGCAUUGACGAGCUAGAAGCAACCCGGAUUUUCACCGCCGCGUGGCGCGUGGAGCGCGACGUGCGCCACGAUCGUCUCAAUGAGCUCGUUGCCUGGGAACCGGGGCUGACAUCUGGCAUGCUGGAGCAGCGAGCUCGACCGCUGCCCACCUGGCAGGGCGUGAUCUUCCGGACGAUCUGGCCACGGCCGAAGAACGGGGAGGUGUGGGUGGAUAUUCCGUUUACGCCGGCGAGGCCGAAGAAAGAAGGGCUAGUGGCGAAGUUGGUAAAGCAGAAGAAACCAGCCAUUAUGAUGCCCACUGUUGGAUAUGACUGGUGGGAUCAGUGGUUUGGGUUUCCUCUUGCUGUAUAG